CACCUGACUACCCCUUGAAUAAACUGUUUGGAUUCAUGAAGACCCAUAAGUGGGAAGAACUAACAUUAGCAAACAAGCUAGCUAGCUAACUUACUAACUAUUGCUGACCCCCGUAGGACCAACUGAGAACUUGCCUCUUGGUGGUACUAAACCGUGCAGUGCACGUGGGACGUGUUGUGUUGAAUAAAGCGCGCCGCUAUCUGACUGUGGAACAUUGUUUUCCCGUGUGCCCCGUGUUCGUGUUCCAUCGGCUGAGAAGAACGGAGAUGGCUCUUGUGGACAAACAUAAAGUCAAGAGACAGAGGUUGGAUCGCAUAUGUGAAGGCAUCCGCCCCCCAAUCCUGAACGGGCCCAUGCACCCCCGGCCCCUGGUGGCCCUGCUGGACGGGCGGGACUGCACCGUGGAGAUGCCUGUCCUCAAGGACGUGGCCACAGUCGCCUUCUGUGACGCCCAAUCCACCCAGGAGAUCCACGAGAAGGUGUUGAACGAGGCUGUGGGGGCUCUGAUGUACCACACCAUCACACUGUCCCGUGACGACCUGGACAAAUUCAAGGGCCUGCGCAUCAUCGUCAGGAUUGGAAGCGGCUACGACAACGUGGACAUCAAGGCUGCUGCUGAGCUGGGCAUCGCGGUGUGUAACGUGCCCGCCACGUCUGUGGAGGAGACGGCUGACACGUCCCUCUGUCUGAUCCUCAACCUGUACCGGAGGGUCACCUGGAUGCACCAGGCCCUGCGCGAGGGCACUCGCGCCUCCAGCGUGGAGCAGAUCAGGGAGGUGGCUGGGGGCGCUGCCCGCAUCAGAGGAGAGACGCUGGGCAUCAUCGGGCUGGGCCGUGUGGGUCAGGCGGUAGCCUUGCGUGCUAAGGCUUUUGGUUUCAACGUGAUCUUCUAUGACCCGUACCUGCCUGAUGGAGUAGAGCGCUCGCUGGGCCUGCAGCGCAUGGCCACUCUGCAAGACCUGCUCAUCCACUCUGACUGUGUGUCCCUGCACUGCAGCCUCAAUGAGCACAACCACCAUCUCAUCAACGACUUCACCAUCAAACAGAUGCGCCAGGGGGCGUUCCUGGUGAACACAGCCAGAGGGGGUCUGGUGGAUGAGAAGGCCCUGGCCCAGGCCCUGAAGGAGGGCCGGAUACGAGGAGCUGGCCUGGACGUACACGAGGCGGAACCCUUCAGCUUCUCCCAGGGCCCUCUUAAGGAUGCCCCCAACUUGAUCUGCAACCCCCACACCUCCUGGUACAGUGAGCAGGCCUCCCUGGAGGCCCGAGAAGAGGCUGCCAGAGAGGUCCGCCGAGCCAUAACAGGGCGUAUUCCUGAGAGCUUAAAGAACUGUGUCAACAAGGAGUACCUAAUGGCCACGCCCCAGUGGCCCGGCCUGGACGCAGGGGCCGUUCACUCAGAACACAAUGGAGCCUCUGCUUACAGGUUUCCAGCGGGGCUGGUUGGAGUGACUGCCGGCGGCCUGGGGGGUGCUGGAGCUGCAGUGGAAGGCAUCGUAGCAGGCACCCUACCCAUGGCACACGGCAUUGCCCCCGUCUCCAGACCACCACACACCCCCUCACCAGGGCAGCCUUCGAAAGCAGAAACGGACAGAGACAUGCCAACGGACCAGUAGCCCCCUACAUUUGCGUACCCUGAUCCUUAUCCUACGUAGGAACUUGUCACCCCGGCCCCUCAGCUGCCCCCUCAUCCACAACAUUCCUUCGGUGCCCCUCAGUGAUGCAGAUAGACUCUGGUGUGACCCGGCUAUGGUCCCGUCCCACUAAACAGAACUCUUCAAGAGAGACCAGUCUGCCUCCUCCCUCUCUCUAGUGUCUCUCUAUCUUUCUCACCCAGGAAGCAAUAAGUGGAUUACUCAAGGAUUUUUCUCCAGUUUGCUUUUUAACUCUGUGUGUGUCUCUGAUUCUCCUGUAGCUCCGUGUUUUUUGUACAUCUUUUUGUAAACCUGUUUUGUGUUUUUUUUCUUUUAUUGUUUUCUCAUAGCUGUUUGGUAUGUUAAGAAGUAAGGCCAAUCUGAAAUGGAAUUGCCGAUAUGAAUUUCAUUUUCCACAACUAUUUGUUCAAAAACAGUACAGUGGAUUUUAUAAUGUAGGGCUCAAUGCAUUUAUAGUAUCAAAAUAAAAGUGUGGCUCUAG